AUGGAGGGCCCAGACGCCAUGGACGCCGAGUUCAACUGCAUGGGCUGCGGCCCAGCAUCUUUGCACGACUUAUCAGAGCUGGACUGCGCCUGCACGCUGUGCACGGCCUGCGCGCGCCGGGCCGUCGCGCCGCAGAUCAAGCCGCGCAAGCCCGCGCCGGCCGGCGCCGCCGCGGCCGCGGCCGCGGCGUUUGCAGUAGGGGAUGAAGUGCUGUACCUGAGGACCGGCCUGCUGCAGCGCGCCACUGUGCGGCAGAUCGACCGCAGCGUGCACCCUCCGCAGUAUGGGAUCGAAUUGGCCAAGGAAGACGGCGCGGCCGCCGACAGCGGCGGCUGCCUGCGCUUUACAGAGGGCCCACGCCUCCGGCCCGCCGGCGCCGCGCCCGCGGACGCUUGGCCGGACGUGACCUGUCCUUGGUGCUGCGGCGGCGUCGGGCGCGCCGCGCAGCGGCGGUUGUGCCCGGCGGCGUGCGCCGAGUUGGAGGAGCGGCUCACCCAAGCGUGGCUCGAGGCGCACGGCGCCGUCAGGUGCCCCUGCUGCGGCGCGCUGAUCGAACGGGUCGCAGCGCCGCCGCAAGCGCAGCAGCAGCGGCAGCAGCAGCAGCAGCAGCAGCAGCAGCAGCAGCAGCAGCAGCAGCGGCAGCAGCAGCAGCAGCAGCGUGGGCAGCUGCAGGAGCGGGAGCCGCACCGCUUCCGCUGCGCCCUCUGCCGCUCCACGUUUUGCGACGCGUGCCGCGCGUCCCCGUACCAUUCCAACUUGACAUGUGAACAGCACGCCGCCCCGCGCUGCAUCUACUGCGCCGCGCCAAUCCUGGACGCACAAGGGCCCGCGGAGCAGCGGGGUGCAGGAGGGGGCGGCGCGCAGGGGGUGGAGGAGGGGCCCCAACGUGAGGGCGGCGCGACGGGGCCGGCGGCGGCGGCGAGCGUGCAGCAGCUGCGCACGCGGAUAGCGGCGAUGGGGGCGGACGCGAGCUGGUGCCUUGAGAGAGCAGAGUUGCUCUUUGUGCACAGCCGUGCGGCGCAGGUCUGCGGCGCCGCCGAGUGCCGCUCCAAGCUGCGGCGCGCCUGCACCAAGCGCCUGCCCUGCGGCCACGCCUGCGGCGGCCUGCGGGGCGAGGCACCCUGCCUGCCCUGCGUCAGGGGGGACUGCCUGCUGACUCACCAACUGCCUCCCCGCGGCGGCGCCGCGUGCGCGGCUGCCGGGGCGGGCGCGUGCUUGAUCUGCCUGGAGCAGCUUGACUCCGCGCCCUGCCUGCGGCUGCGCUGCGGCGCGGCGCACGUCGUGCACGCGGGCUGCGCGCGGGCGCGGCUCGAGGCGGGGGCGCCGUCGGCGGAGCUGAGCUUCGGGUUCCUAUUCUGCCCGGCGUGCGGGCCGCAGGGCGGCGAGGCGCGGGCCUUCCAGGUGAUGACGGCGCCGCCCCACCUGGACCACCCGUUCCUGGAGUCAGCCCUGGAGCCGCACUUGCAGAUGAGGGCUGACGUGGCGGCGCUCGCCAAGCAGCGGCUCAAGGUGGAAGGCCUCACGCGCACCGCCCCCGAGCUGCAGGUCGGGGGCUCGUUUGACGGCCGGCCCGCGGACUUCGCCGCCGCCCGGUUUGUGUUCUUCUGCUGCAGCCGCUGCCGCCGGCCGUUCUUCGGCGGUGCACGCGCGUGCGGCGCGGCGGGCGGCGGGGGCCGCGGCGGCGGUGGGGGCGGGGGCGCGGCGCAGGCGGACGAGGAGCUUGUGUGUGGCAGCUGCUCGGCGGCUGCUGGCGGCGGCGAGUGCCGCAAGCACGGGCGGGACUACAUAGAAUGGAAGUGA